AUGUCGGUGCUAGUGAACGGUAGUCCUACAAAGGAGUUCGUGAUGGAUAAAGGGUUAAGGCAAGGAGAUCCACUUUCGCUGUUUCUUUUUGUAAUUGUGGAGGAGGGCUUAAAGGGGUUAGUUAGCAAGGCGGUGGAUAUUGGUGAAUAUGUUGGUUUCAACAUAAGGAGAGCUUGUAGUGUGGACAUCCUUCAAUUUGUGGACGAUACUUUAUUGAUAGGAGAAUGGAGUUGGAAGCAAGUUUGGGCGACCAAGGCUCCGAAGAAGGUUUUAAAGGAUAUCACGAGGUUACAAAGCAAUUUUCUUUGGGGAGGGGCGGGUGAAGGAAGGAAAAUUCAUUGGGUAAGUUGGAAGACUAUUUGUUUACCCAUUGAGAAGGGCGGUCUUGGUUUGCGAAGGAUUAAAGACUUUAAUUUAGCUUUUCUCAAUAAAUGGCGUUGGAGGAUUCUUGGUGGUUCGGAAGCAUUAUGGUACAAUGUGUUGAAAGCUAGAUAUGGAGAUAUUAAUCUUCAUGUGGUUUCUUUUGAUGCAAAAAAUUCUAAGAAGAUUUCAAAAUCUUCUUGGUGGAUGGACAUUUUGUCUUUGGAAAAUAGUUACACCGAUAAUUUUUUUGUUGAUAAUUGUAGGUUUAUUGUCGGUAGAGGUUUCAACAUUUCUUUUUGGAAUUCAAGGUGGAUGGAGGAUAUUUGCUUGAUGAAAUCAUUUCCGGUGGCGUCCAACCUUUCGGAUUUGAAAUUUUUGUCGAUAGCUUGCAUGGGAGGUUGGAUUGAUGAUGUUUGGACUUGGGGGGAUUUUGGUGUCCGGAAUCAAAACAGCCCGGCUGCUGUUAGAGAAGUGCAGCGGCUGCACUUGUUGUUAAGCGAGUGA